AGGAAUAAAUCCCGUGAGCUCAUUGGCUGCUGAUGCCAUGUAUAAAACGCUGCGGCACUUAACUGCGGGCAUCUUUCGAGGAGUACACGCUGAACCCAAAGCACGCACAUAAUUUUUGUCCGUGGCUUUUGUCUUCCGUCGUUUAACGUGUUCAGGCUGUAGUUUUGAGCGUCUGAACAUUACGCAUUUAGUACAACACAUCAACAUGAAAGAAAGAAGAAAUACGCAGCCGAUGAUGGUGAGGUGUAAACUGGUGCUUGUUGGAGAAGUCCAAUGCGGGAAAACGGCAAUGUUACAAGUGCUGGCGAAGGACUGCUAUCCAGAGACAUAUGUUCCCACCGUAUUUGAGAAUUACACCGCUUGUCUGGAACUUGAGGACCAGCGAGUAGAGUUGAGCUUAUGGGACACAUCAGGCUCCCCCUACUACGACAACGUGCGACCCCUCUGCUACAGCGACUCGGAUGCCGUGCUCCUGUGUUUCGAUAUCAGCCGCCCAGACACGGUCGACAGUGGCCUGAAGAAGUGGAGAACAGAGAUCAUGGACUUCUGCCCCAACACACGGAUCCUGCUCAUUGGCUGCAAGACAGACCUGCGCACAGACGUCUGCACCCUCAUGGAGCUGUCCAAUCAGAAGCAGACCCCCGUCACUUAUGAACAGGGCUCCGCCAUGGCCAAGCAGCUGGGUGCUGAGACCUACCUGGAGUGCUCGGCCUUCACCUCUGAGAAGAGCAUCCACAGCGUGUUCCGCACGGCCGCACUGGCCUGCCUCAACAAGCUCCAGCCGCUGCCCAAGAACAGCCCCACCCGCCGCCUGUCCAAGCGGCUGCUGCACCUGCCCAGCAGGUCGGAGCUGCUCACCUCCACCUUCAAGAAGGAGAAGGCCAAGAGCUGCUCCGUCAUGUGAGUGGGGUUGCGGUGGAGACCAAGACAAAAAACAACAUCACAGAGUCAGAAAAAAAUCAAUGCCAACUCCCCC